ACAUGUGGAGUGCCAAUGAUAACCGAGGUGUCAACGACAGCUCCGUCGACCCAUAUGAUUUCGGUCGUGGCGUGCACGUGCGCGCGAGCUACCGCCAUUGUUUCGGUGCCGUCCUCGCCGCAACAGCUGGCGCGCGCGAUCUUCCAAAAUGGCGGCGACCGGGCACUCGUGCCCUUGCGUGUCAUUGACAGGCAAAGUUCAGCUCGCCAACAGUUAUCGGGCGACUGUCGCAAGUGCUUGGUCCCCGUUCAGCCUGCCUCCUCGCUGGUCGCGAUCAACGGACUAACCUCAAUUUCCGACUCCCCGUCUCAUCGUUUCCUCCCUUUGCUGUCGGUUGCAGCACGCCCACGAAAUCAACGUGCGAGCAUGACCACGAUGGUAGAGUCGCCGGUUUCGAGCCUGACGGUGAACACCCGGGUGUACGAGGGCCAGAAGCCGGGCACCUCGGGUCUGCGGAAGGCUGUCAAGGUCUUCGAGCAGGAGCACUACACGGAGAAUUUCGUGCAGGCGAUCUUGCAAGCCGAUCAGGUAACCUCGAGUCCUGGUUACACCCUGGUCGUCGGCGGCGACGGGCGAUAUUAUGGGAGGGAAGCGGUGGCGAAGAUCAUCCGGAUCGCCGCGGCAAAUGCGGUAAGCAAGUUAAUAGUUGGUCAACAUGGCAUUCUCUCGACACCAGCAGUGUCAACUAUAAUACGAAAGUAUAAAACGCAAGGUGGGAUUGUCUUAACUGCGUCGCACAAUCCCGGUGGUCCCGAUGCCGACUUUGGCAUUAAAUUUAAUUGCUCCAACGGCGGACCCGCUCCGGAUAGUGUAACAAAUAAAAUCUACGAGAUCACUAAAACGCUGCAGUGUUAUAAAAUUAUUCCCGACAUUGGUGUAGAUAUUGACAAAGUGCAGAGUAUCUCUUUCCGAGUAGAUGACAGACCCUUCACCGUUGAUAUAAUUGAUUCCGUGAACGAUUAUGUGGAGCUUAUGAAGGAGAUUUUUGAUUUUGAGAGUAUCAAGAAAUUGUUGCAGGGUAGCGCAGAUAGGCCAGCGUUUAAGAUUCUCAUCAAUUCAAUGAAUGGAGUUACGGGGCCGUACGUAAAGCGAAUAUUUAGUACCGAAUUAGGCGUCGAUGACACUAGUUUAGUGAAUAUAGAGCCGUUAGAAAAUUUCGGUGGUUUACACCCCGAUCCAAAUUUAACUUAUGCCAAAGAUUUAGUGAAUGCUAUGAAGGAAGGACCGUACGACUUUGGUGCAGCUUUUGAUGGAGACGGAGACAGAAAUAUGAUCUUGGGCAAGAAAGCUUUUUUCGUUACUCCUUCCGAUUCCUUAGCGGUGUUAGCUGCUAAUCUAAAAUUAAUUCCAUAUUUCCAAAAGACUGGCGUUAAAGGAUAUGCUAGAUCAAUGCCAACGGCUGCGGCUGUCGAUAGAGUCGCCGCUAAAGACGGGGUAAAGUUUUUCGAAGUUCCAACUGGAUGGAAAUACUUCGGAAACUUAAUGGAUGCUGGGGAUCUGUCGCUAUGCGGGGAGGAAAGUUUCGGUACCGGUUCCGAUCAUAUUCGCGAGAAAGAUGGAAUAUGGGCAUGCUUAGCAUGGCUCAAUGUAAUCGCAAAACUAGGAAAAUCCGUCGAAAACAUUUUAUUGGAUCACUGGAAGGUUUAUGGAAGAAAUUUCUUUACUAGGUAUGAUUAUGAAAAUUGUGAUUCCGCGUGUGCGGAUAAAAUGAUGCAAAACAUCGAGGCUCUGAUUCAGAAGCCGGAUUUUAUCGGCAAAAAGCUGCAGUGCGAAGGUAAAGAGUAUAUUGUUAAGCAGGCGGACAAUUACUCCUACACGGAUCCUGUUGAUAGUAGCAAAGCUACGAAACAGGGGUUACGGAUAUUAUUUGCGGAUGGCUCUCGCAUAAUAUUCCGCUUAUCCGGAACGGGAAGUUCUGGUGCCACUAUCCGUAUGUAUAUCGAUAGUUACGAGAAUGAUCCGGCUACUUUCGAGAAAGACGCACAACUGGUCUUGAAACCUUUGAUUAAUAUCGCAUUAGAAUUAAGCGAACUUCGUCAGCACACCGGUCGCGAUGCGCCUACUGUGAUUACAUAAGAGUUCGCUCGUUACGUUCGCGUGCUCCUCCGUCGCAAGAUUCCCUUAUCUCUCAUUCAACCUUAUCUCUCAUUUAUCCAAAGAAGUUUAUAAAGCAAAGGUCUGAUUAGGGAUAUAAAUUCAUUUGGAUUGUCAGAGGUUCGUCCGAUUUCAUUAUCAAAAUCAUGGAAGCAAUAGCAUAAUAAUCGUUACUGGCGUCAAUGAAGAAAUUUUCCAUUUUUAUAAACUGUUACCGUUUUACGAUUCCAUCCGUUACGAUAUACAUACUGUGCGUAUUGGACGAGAACUAUUCAAUAUGCAUAUCCAAGUAGCGAUUGUAAAACAAGUGUUUUAGGAUCUAUUAGGAUCUCUACCUAGAUAUUUAACAUAGAUGUUAUUGCUUAAAUCCUUCUUACAUCUCUCCAUUUUAAGUCAAAUGUAAGAGGAUGCGAUUUAAACUUAAAUCUUCAAUUUUUGAAUGUGAAUAUUGGUAUUGCCUCUCGAGCAUUAAAAAAGAUGACUUUGUAAUCAUCUCUGAUUAUUCGGUAAAAUUAAUUUUAUUGAUUAUUUAUAAUACAUUACUCAUAUAAUUACAUGAGUUUUAAUAAAUAUUAAAAAUUUUGCUUAUUUGUAUAUUACAAUAUGGAUCUGGUACAUGUAGACAUUCUACUUAUGCUAGAAGAUUCUCUUUGGGAAAAUAUUUCGGGACGUAACAUUAUGUUAUAACAAUGAUAUUGUUGAUAUGCAAUAAUAUAUCAGCUCGUUACCACAGCAUAUAAUAAAAAAAAAAAAACGCAAUUCAUUAUAUCCAGUAGAUACUGCGAAAGAAACUGAGCAUAAAAACCAUCUUGUACUUAUCAUAUCGUCUAAAAAUUUAUGCGUUAUUCCGGCGAUGAGAUAUGUGCAUCUUUUUAUUAAUAGCUGACACUAAAGUCGAUAAGAAGCUUUCGUUACUUACUCGAAUUUAUACUCGUAUUUUGCAGCCACAAAAUUGCAGUUAUGUAAUGAAUGUCACCACGUGCAUUUCGGUAUGUAAAAAUAUAAUUUGUAAAAAUCACGAUUUUGAAUGGACAAAAUGGGUAACAUUGUCAAUCUUCCAAAGCUUAUGCCUAUCCGCGAUUUGCAUCUGAUAUUCGUUAUUCUAUAAAUUAUCAUUCAUUUUCAUCCAUGAGUUUUACAGACUUUUACAGUGAAAAUACUAUCUAACGCUUUUGAUUUGGUGCUCCAGAGAAAUUUAAUUCACACAAAGCGAUCAGAAUAAAAUAAUGAUGGGGGGGGGGGAGAAUUAUUUAGUUACCAAUGAUGAUUUAUUAACUGCAUAUAUGUCAAGGGUAUAAAGACGAAUUCAAUAUCAGAUAGCAUAAUAUUGGAGGAUUAACAAAAGCGUAAAUUUGAUAUUGUCUUGAAGGGCCAGUCUUUCCAACAUUCACCAAACUAAUCUUAUCAUUCUAUCUGCAUUGUAGCUAAUGCUAUAAUCCAGGCAGAGACAUAAGAGAUUUAUUUGCCAAAUAAAUCACUAGAUUUUUUAUCCGAGGAUGGAAUGACUGGCCCUGUGAAUUGAAUAUAGCAUAAUGGAUAAUAAUAAGCGGCUUUAAUUUCUGUUGCUUUAUAAGUAAACAUUUUAUUAAUAAAUUAAGUCAUUUUAAAUAAAACGUCACCGCAAUCCGGGUGAUAGCGUGACGUUACUUUCAAAUUUUAACAACAUAUUCAGAAUUCUUUUCCAGUGUCAGAUUAUUACAUGAAAAUUAUAUUUGAGUCUAACGCUAUAGAUUUAUUUAUGUCGAUAAAUUUACAUUUAAAUUGGAGUGAAAAAGCUAUAAGUCUUUUGCACUUCGUCUUGUACAGUAGCAUACGUAAAACUGCCUAUGUAAAAUUUAUACUAUUUAUUGCAACACGAGCAUAAUAUGAAGAGAAUCUUAAAAUUAAAAAAAAAACCAUUUAAGUUUUUGUAGAUAGUAGUGUACGACUGUAAGAAUCUUUCUUUUUUCCAUCGAAGCAGUCAUCCAUUUGUCUUUCUGGAACUAUCGUACAUUCAUUAAUACCACACACAAAGCUGGCCAUUACAUUGUGAUUCACAAAUCCCUUCACUGUGGCAAAUGCAUUCAAACGCAUACAGUUUUUCCAAAUCGCUUUUUACUUAUUCUCGUUACGUCAUUCCUCAAUCACGCGAUCUUUUUUCAAAAUUUACUUUGUUACUUUGCCUUUUAUAAACAGCACUCGGUUCUGACAUUCGAAUAUCGGAAAAAAGCAUGGAUGCUUAAAUUGGUGAACUCACCAAAAUCUGAAAAAUAGCCAGCGGGAUCUUGUCACAAUUUUUCAGAAUUUGGGCGACCCCAGCGAUAUAGCGAUGUAGGUUUGCAAAUUCGGAAUUUAGCGCGAUACUCAGCGUCUUAUAGUCUUCAAAUAAGUCGUAACCUUCAUGGAAUGAUACAAUUGUUACGAAAAGCCAUACGUCUGCAUUUUGUUGCGCGAUAUGUUUGUUUUAAGGCCAACAUAGGGACAACGUAAUUCACUGAGUAUCUCGUUAAAAGAUUAAUCGAUAGAAUAGAAUACGUUAACGAACUUGUACAAAGAACAGUAGGAUGAUUCAAAAAAGAAAGAAUUGAAUUUCUUUCGGAGAACAGAAGAGGGAACAAAGUCACGAAUAGCCAGUCGAUGCGAAAUUCUGUAUGUAACAGUAUAUUUCCACGUAUUAUAAGAAGAAAUGAACAAUACAUAGUAAUAUGAAACACUUUUGAUAGAGAGAGGCACGUUAUUGUAUCUUACGAGUGUCAGUAGGUGUCUCGGCUCUAUCGGAUAAUUAAUAACAGCCGUGUAAUAAAUGUAUUAUAUUACUUGUUUCCUUUUCGUUUCUUUUCGCUUCGUCUUUGCUCUUUUUUUUGUACGAUAUUUCAUUACGAGCCUUUAUAUCAGAAAUAUAUCACGCAAGCGCGUUUGUACCACGAAAAAAAACGCGCGGUAUCACGACUCACGUUUCAUUUCUGACAAAUUGUAUAAAAAAAUUUCGAAGCGCCGGUAUGGCGAUACGUCGCGGAGAUAGAUAAGAAUCCGGGACAAAAGCAACGAGUAAACGUUUUUUUUCUCCCUUCCGUGAAUAAAUGCAGCGUGUUACGGAGAGAUUUCGCAAGGCAAUUAUGUAAAUAGUUGACGGUGAAGGAGGAGAAGGAGAAGGAGGAGGAGAUACUUAGGGACCUGAGCCGACACACGCCCCCGUUUGAUCUAUCAAUUACGUUCUAUAGAAGUAGCGAGGGAGAAAUAGAAGAGAAAGAGAAAAAAAAACAUGGAGUACUCAGAGCGUUCUGUAGAACGUAAUAAAGAUUAUAUAACGCGGCGGCGAUGUCACAGAGACCAGCACAGAGACUGCCGAUUACUAUAAAGAUAUUAACAUGUAACAUUUGUAUCAUAAUCAUAAUAAAUACUAAUUAUCAUUAUAAGUAUAUGAAUGAGUGGCUGCUCGGAAUGCACGUAGUAUGAUUCAUCGCUGCUCCACUACCGUUUUUCUUUGUCGCGUUUCACGUUUUCUAAUGUUGAUUCUAUUAAGUGUUCUUCCUAUAUAUAAGUUCCGAAAUAUAUAUACUGGUCAAUUGAUUGAAUCUUAUAGUGUCAGCGAAUUGUACAAAGAUGCAUAUUAUUGUAUUUUUGCUCUUUGUUUGUCGACUAGCACCAAAUGCGACCACGAUUCUGAUUUUCCAAUUUUGAAUGCAAUCUUUGUAGAAACUUGAUACCAAAAUAAAACUAUUAAAUAGUAAAACUGAAUACACUGUAAAUGUUUAAUUGAUUCGAUCGAUUUUUGUUAUAUGAAAAAAAAACUGGUUGAUACUUAAUAAACCAUUUAUAAUUCCUGAUUGUAAAAAUCGGAUGUGUCGCAUCCGCGCUAAGCCGAAAUAACAAGAGCUUCCAUAUUUAUGACAAUUACGUUAAUGCGUUUUUCGUGCGCUUAUAUUUAAGCGAUUAUUAUGUUUAAGCAACUUUCAUAUAAUUUCAAAGUGGUGACGACUUUUAAUAAACUUUAUCUCAUUACAACGAA